AUGAAUCAUAGUUCAAGAAGUUUUAAAAUUUUAUCCAAAGUUCUUACAGAAAGUAAAAUCAAUAAUUCUGGUACCAAAGAAUUGCCUCAAAGUUUAGAUCCUGAUAACGAUAAACAGUCAGAUAAUAAUGAAUUAUCCUUUACAAUACAAAAUUUACAACAAGAGUAUUUUCAAGUUCAAAGAGCACUAAGUAAUGAAAAUAUUGAUCCUAACAUAGGACAAAUAACGCAAAAUGAAGAUAACUCAGAUAAAGAUUGGAUUGAAAACUUAGAAGAAAAUUGCCACAAUACUUCAGAAAGCAAUAAAACUGGUAACAAUGAGACAGACGAAAACAACGUUAGCUUUGGAGAUAAUACAGAGGAGAUCAAUAAAACUAAAAACAACUCAGAGGAAGAAGAAAAUAUUGAUCAAACAAAUAAAAAACGGAAACGUAAAAAAAACAGAUUAAGCGAUAGUAACGACUGGGAAUACAAUAGUAAUAAGAAGAAAAGAGAAAAAGGAGAAAUAUAUUUGGGAAGAAAAGACAAUAAGUUUACUGUAAAAAAAUGCAUAAGACAAAUUAAAAAUCGUUGUUUAUGUUCAGAAGAAAAAAGGAAUGCAUUUGCAUCAAUGGAAAAUCUUCCCAAUUUAUACCAAGACAAAUUAAAAAUAAAAAAAGAGAAAUUUGAGCACUUGCUAGCAUUUAAAAGUACCAUGGAACAAGAUUACCAUGCAUUUUACGACUCCCUUGUACAUGAAUAG